GGCUGCGUGCGCUCACCUCCAUCAUCGCGUAAAUCGCUGGACUUGACCGAGACCAAAGGAGCAAGUGUCAGAGAGCGGGAAAAUACAUAUAUUCUCCAAAAGAAGAACCCCGAACACUCGUCAAAACCCCUAGAGAAGUGGCCUUGACCCAAGCUGUUGUGAUGCAUAUUCCCGUAGACCCUACCACCACCAGACGGUUCACACCGCCCUCCACGUCAUUCCCCUGCAGCAAGAUUGGAGACGGCAGCGGGACCAUGGGCACCCCUGGACCACUGAGGACACGACCCGAGGCCAGGAAUGUGGUGGACGUCCUGGCAGACCACGCUGGCGAGCUGGUCCGGACAGACAGCCCAAACUUCCUCUGCUCGGUGCUGCCCUCACACUGGAGGUGCAACAAGACACUCCCUGUGGCUUUCAAGGUAAGGUAAAUUAUGCAUAAUUAUAAAUGGACAUUUAUGAAGUAAUGAACGACCUAAUGAUGUAUUACUGUAGGUUACUGAAGAAAAAGUGUCAAAUACAAUUUUUUAAGCUCUCUUGAGUAGGUUUCAUAUAGCCAACAAGGCAUUUACUGGCAUUAGUAGGCCUAUUUCAAUUACUUUUACGCAGAGCCCUAUUCUGUAAUAUAGGUCUAAAUAAUGGAAUUAAAUCAAGUUGUCCAAAUUAUAGUGGCCUGCCAAAGUGAUAACUUGGCAUAAUUAUUUUGUGUUUCAUUUUUGCAUUGGACUUACUUGAAUAUGAGAUUUAGAAAAGUGUUUGGAUUUGCAACUGCAAUGACAUACAAUUAAUCAACAAUUAGCCAACAAUAUAGGUCCUAAUACAAAUAAUGAUAAUUGAAUAACAAUAAUUCUAAUGAUACCAUAUAGUAUUAUAUCUGGUAAGCUAGUUAUUUUUAAAUUGCUAUUUUGCAAGGUUUUGCAAUGCAGAUAAAAAUCUGUAGGCCUAUAUUAUGAAGCAAUGCAAUUAUGCUACACUGAAAGUUAUCAAUUAUAUUUAUACACCACGACGUGAUAGAAUUUGUGGCCUAAAAGUGUAAUGUUUAGAAAAAUAGACUAGCCUAUAUCUAUUUUAUUUGUAUCAUAUCCAACAAAAAAAAUGCUUGUUUAGAUCGCAUAGGCCUACUUAUUUAAUGAAGAGAAUUUGCAAACAUUCUUUUGGAAAGUGAUUUGGAUAUAGGCCUAUCAAAUGUCAAAGUAAUUUCCAUAGCUUAAAAAUAUUCCUGUUUGAAUUGCAAGCUUGCUUCAAGGAAGCAUCUUACCAUGUAGUUAUAACCUAAUAGCACAAUAGGCCUAUAUAUUUUAACCAAAAUAUUUGAUAACAAUAUCUAAAAGGCAUAUUUUUUUUAUGGAUUGGAAAUCAGGUCUAAUAUUGAUGUAUUUUAUAUCGGGUUUUUUGAUUCCACCGGAUGCGGUUUGUUGCAGUCUGUAUUUGGUUUAGCAUGGUGACCCCGGUUGACCACGUUGAGUUCUCACAGGUUGUCGCACUCGGUGAUGUGCCCGACGGGACUCUGGUCACGGUGAUGGCGGGUAACGACGAGAACUUCUCUGCGGAGCUGAGGAACGCGUCUGCGGUGAUGAAGAACCAGGUUGCCCGCUUCAACGACCUGCGGUUCGUGGGCAGAAGCGGACGAGGUGAGCAGAGGGAGUCACGCAACUAUAUCCUUAAACCAUGAAUAGUAUUAGGCCUACUAAAUGAAAUCAAGAGCUAACAUCACAUACAAAACACCUGCAUGCGUCAUGCGUCAUAAUUGCACUGACUUGCAAAACUACAGCCUGAGUAGACCUACUUUUGGUAAUCUAUUUUAAACAAAGAAAGUGAUAAAAUAUUUUAAUGGAUAAAAUAAAAGUGUUAGGGAAUGUGAGAAUUAUAGUGGGGCAAUUAUAGUUGCGAGAUCGCACCAGCAUUACACAGGUAUAAUUAUGGGGAUUAUCAGUGUUUAUUGGGACGAAAUAAAAUAUGAUUAUUACACAUUUUAAGAUGUGGUUUGAUAAUUCUUUAUCGACAAAGAGCAAAGCCCAAUUUCAAAUUAUAGCCUAAUGCUCAGCCAAGCAUUGCCACAAUUCUUUCUAUAGGACUAGUCCUAAUUGAUCAUCACGCACGCCCCCCUCAAAAGAUGAUCAGGUUAGUAGCAGCAGCAUAUAUUCUAUGAACAUUGCACCAUUGUCCAAAUAAACAAAUCGCCUGGACCAGAAUAUUCAGUUCAAGGCUUGGCACUUUUAAAAGCUUGCCUGUUUACACUUCUAAAAACUAGCGCUCACAUAGCUGACAUUCCACCAGAACCUUCUCUUUUCCCUCUCCUUACUCCUGGCCCAGCGCUCACAUAUUUCCCUUAAAUGUUACACUUUAAAUAGUUGCAGACUGAUGAAUGGAAAACGCUACAGUCUCUGAAUUAAACGUAGCUUUCAUUUCUGUAGUCAAUUACCCCACCCCAGGAUUCCUUUCCCCCCACAGUCUCUUUAACAAGAGAUGCCUUUUUUAUGAAAGCGCCGCUUCAUAGCCUGGGACGAAAAACGGACCAUUGCACGAUCUCCCUCUCUCCCCUUUCAUGCAGAUGGGAGAGCUCGAGGAAGCUCGUGCAAGAAUCUGCCUUGUUGAACAAUAAACUGUGGCUGUAAGCCUUUCGGACAAUCUGGAAUACAUUCUCUCAAUAAUUCAAAUCAUGCCCACAUUUCAGCCCAUCAAAGUGGUGGUCCCUUUAAUUCACAAACUUAAAAGGGAGCCAUAUCAGGAGGCAAUUUUAAUUAAGCAAGCUGACUGUGGUGGUUAUGAACGAAGUGCUUAUGUUCCACAAAAAUCUGUUUAUUUCCACAAUUAAUUAACCAAGCCAGUAAACCCUCACACAUGCUCUGGUUUGAUGUUCCUCCUGAAACUCUGUGUUACUGAUGCCCUUCACUAACCAAGGCCCUCUCUAUUCUGUGUACCCCAGGAAAGAGCUUCACACUGACCAUCACAGUCUUCACUGGUCCCCCUCAGGUGGCCACCUACCACCGUGCCAUUAAAGUGACCGUGGAUGGGCCCAGGGAACCCAGACGUGAGUACUUACAGGGUACAUGA